UUGUUGCACACAUGCUUUUUGUAUCUCUUGCAUUGCCAGCGCACCACCAGAUGGCACUCGAAGGCUGGGACUGGCAGCCCGUUGCUUAUGAAGUUCAAACAUCCCCAAAAGCAAUGAUCCAUCCCAUUUGCUUCCUAGAAGUAGGCAAGCUGGAGUUCUCCUCCAGGACUCUCUUUUCCCACCUGAGAUGUCCCAUGAAAACUGGACUUUUGGCACUUAAGUGAGACUGAAGUGCAUCUACACGGUGGCAGUGAUGCAGUCUGACACCAUUUUAACAGCCAUGGCUUCAUCUCUACAGAAUCCUGGGAUUGAUAGUUUGGCAGAGAAGACUAAAAACCUUGUAAUGCCACAAAGAAAGAGCCAGGAGUUGUUGGAGCGUUGGACUGCUAGGACUCUGGAGAGCAGGGUUCAAAUCCCUACUCGGCCAUGGAAACCCAUUGGGUGACCUUGUGCAAGUCACAAACUCUCAGCCUUGGUACUUGAGUUGUGCGAAAGGGACAUCUGUUGCUGCUGUUGUUGUUGCGUGCGUGCCUUUGAAUUGUUUCCGGCAAUGGCAAACCCACUCUGAACAAAUCUUGUCAACAAACCCCCAGGAUAGGUUCCCUUUAGGGUUGCCAUAAGUCGGAAACAACUUGAAGACACACAACAACACUACAAGUGCCAGGCUUCCAUAGAAUGGAGCUGCAGGCCAGACCCUGAGAUUUGGCAACCUCUGAAAGCCUUGUUUUCCCAAUUUGUACGAUUGCUGAUGCCUCUUUUCUCUUUAGACAGAACUGGGACAAACCUUCAAACUGGGCAACUGUGCCAGCUUUAGGCAGCCCUGGCAUCCUUCAGGAACAUUACUCCAGUGCUUUGCCCACUUAAGGAUCAUCCUUUGCAAGCUACAGCCAGGCCUCUUCCGCAUCCUGCAACCCCAAAACCAUUUUCUCUCUGGAUUUUCGACCUCCCAAACUUUUUUGCCAGCCCUGCCCAGCGGUUGCUAAGCUUCCCCUCCUUGUUUGUUCGGCUACACAUUGGCCGCCGACCAGGGAUUCCAAUCUGCUGCGUCAGGUUUAAAAAGCCAGUCUUUUACAAGAAUGUAUAUUCUUUCCUUUUUGAAAAAACGCCUUGGAAAAUCAGGGCCUUGAGGGAAGGGAAAAGAUGACGAAUGCAAACUGUCCCAAAUGAGGACGAGAGUGGCAUCCCUUGGCAAAUUCGUUCCCCAGGGGAGGGCAUGGAAGGGUCUGGAAACCAUGAAGCCCUAUAAAGAGGAGAGACUGAGGGAGAUAGGGAUGUUCAGUCUGGAGAAGAGAAGGUUAAGGGGUGGCAUGACAGCCCUGUUUAAGUGUUUGAAGGGAUGCCAUGUUGAGGAUGGAGCAACUCUGUGAUGCUAUGAUGAUUCUCAGCAUCUCUUGGGAUCUCUCUCUCUCCCAGCAAAAGGACAAUGGAAACCCUGUGCUCAUGUUUCUCCUCUGGCCGGGAAUGCUAGCCAUCAUGCCACAGCUCCACCAUGUUCAGCUGGGUGAGCCGGGACGCCCGGCGGCGCAAGGAGCCGGAGCUUUUCCGCACGGUUUCGGAGGGUCUGAAGCAGCUCUACGCCGGGAAGCUCCUGCCCUUGGAGGAGCACUACCGCUUCCAUGACUUCCACUCCCCAGCCUUGGAGCCCGCCGACUGGGAGAGCAAGCCCAUGGUGCUGCUGGUGGGGCAGUACAGCACCGGCAAGACCACCUUCAUCCGGCACCUGCUGGAGCAGGACUUCCCCGGGAUGCGCAUCGGGCCCGAGCCCACCACCGACUCCUUCAUCGCCGUCAUGGGCGGGGAGAGCGAGGGCGUCGUCCCCGGAAACGCCCUCGUCGUCGACCCCCGGCGCCCUUUUCGCAAACUCAACGCCUUCGGAAAUGCCUUCCUCAACAGAUUCAUGUGUGCCCAGCUACCCAACCCAGUUCUGGAUAGCAUCAGCAUCAUCGACACGCCUGGCAUCCUAUCCGGAGAGAAGCAGCGGAUAAGCAGAGGCUACGACUUCGCUGCCGUCCUGGAGUGGUUUGCCGAGCGAGUGGACCGCAUCAUCUUGCUGUUUGACGCCCACAAGCUGGACAUCUCGGACGAGUUCUCAGAGGUGAUCAAGGCCCUCAAGAACCACGAGGACAAGAUCCGGGUGGUGCUGAACAAGGCGGACCAGAUCGAGACCCAGCAGCUGAUGCGGGUCUACGGAGCCCUCAUGUGGUCCCUUGGCAAGAUCAUCAACACGCCGGAGGUGGUGCGGGUCUACAUUGGCUCCUUCUGGUCCCAUCCGUUGCUCAUCCCGGACAACCGGAAGCUCUUUGAGGCAGAGGAACAGGACCUGUUUAAGGAUAUCCAGUCCUUGCCGCGCAACGCCGCUCUGCGGAAGCUGAAUGACUUGAUCAAGAGAGCCAGACUAGCCAAGGUGCAUGCCUACAUCAUCAGCUCCCUGAAGAAAGAGAUGCCCAACGUCUUUGGGAAGGAGAGCAAGAAGAAGGAGCUGGUGAACAACCUGGGGGAGAUCUACCUCAAGAUUGAACGGGAGCACCAGAUCUCUCCAGGGGACUUCCCUAACCUCCGUAAGAUGCAGGAGCAGCUCUUGACGCAGGACUUCAACAAGUUCCAGCCCCUGAAGCAGAAGCUGCUGGACGCCGUGGAUGACAUGCUGGCCAACGACAUUGCGCGGCUGAUGGUGAUGGUGCGCCAGGAGGAGUCGCAGAUGCCCGUGCAGGUGGUGAAAGGCGGGGCCUUCGAGGGCACCAUGAACGGCCCCUUCGGCCAUGGCUACGGCGAGGGGGCGGGCGAGGGCAUUGACGACUUGGAGUGGGUGGUGAGCAAAGACAAGCCCACGUACGACGAGAUCUUCUACACCCUCUCGCCAGUCAACGGCAAGAUCACGGGGGCCAGCGCCAAGAAGGAGAUGGUCAAGUCCAAACUGCCCAACACCGUCCUGGGCAAGAUUUGGAAGCUGGCGGACGUGGACAGGGAUGGGCUGCUGGAUGACGAAGAGUUUGCCCUGGCCAACCACCUCAUCAAAGUCAAAUUGGAGGGCCAUGAGUUGCCCGCUGAACUGCCCCCUCACCUGAUACCACCUUCGAAGCGCAGGCACGAUUGAUGCCCCCUACUCUUCGCCAUAGUGGGGCUGUGUCUUGAGGGCAAGAGACCUGCCUUGCAAACUCUGCCCAAUUUUGGCACUACUUGACCCAGCAGGGCACUGCCAACCGCCUCUGCGGAGGCUGACUUUGGACUCUCCCGCUCUGCGAGAACAACAACAAUAACCCAAAGACCCCCCCCCCACCUUUUCUUGAAUGGCUUGUGCACAAUAAUAAUUUUUUUGGGAAGAAA